UAUGCCGAAACCCCGAUGGCUGCCAAGGUGAAGACAAACUCCUUCUCUAGGCGUAUUUUAUGUGUCGGACUUGCAGAUCUUGAUAUUGUAAACACGUGUGAACGGUAUCCUAAUGAGGAUGAAGAUGUCAGAGCAAUAUCACAACUAUGGCAAACUGGUGGGAACGCAUGUAACACCUCCACUGUGCUGGCAGGACUGGGAAUUGACUGCGAACUGUUUGGAACCAUGUCGUGUGGACCACAGGCUGAUUUUCUUUGUCAACAGAUCAGAGAGCAAAAAAUUCGUUAUGACAACUGCGUCUUCCACAAAAAUUGUGGAACGCCAGCAUCUUGUGCUGUUUUGAGCCUCAACAGAGGUAGUAGAACCAUUGUGCAUUCCAGAAACAAUCUCCCAGAACUUGAAGUUGCAGAUUUUGUGAAACUUAACUUGACAAACUACAGGUGGAUUCACUUCGAAGGAAGGAGAAACGAGAAAGCUAUUGUGCAAAUGAUUGAAAAAAUCGAGGGAUUUAACGCCAAUCGGUCAUGUGACGAAAAGAUUACUGUGUCUGUGGAGUUGGAGAAACCUAGAGAAUCUCUUCUUCUUUUACUUAACAAAGCCGAUGUUGUAUUCAUUAGCAAAGAGUUUGCUCGAUUUCGCGGGUUCUCUUCGUCCGCGGAAGCUGUCAAAUCCAUUUGUGACAAAGUCAAAUCUGGUGCCGUGUUGAUUUGUGCUUGGGGAGAGGAGGGUGCGGACGGAAUUGGUCCUGAUGGUGAAAUAAAACACAGCAAUGUGUACCCCCCUGAAAUAGUAAUUGAUACGCUAGGAGCGGGAGACACAUUCAAUGCUGGAGUCAUUUAUGGUUUGCAUGGAGGAUUGACACUUCAAGGCACAUUAGAUUUUGCUUGUUUCCUGGCUGGUGUCAAGUGUGGUAUCCAAGGUUACAAUGGCUUGGCCAAAGCUGCAGCAAGUCAUCAUUGCGGGGAGACUUGUAUGAAGGGAUUAUUGAGCAAGACCUAAGGUAAUCCCUUCAUAUUACUCCUACCACUAAAACUAAUUACAUGUUUAUUUCAUCUUUUAGAUACCACCCCACAAUAAAUAUUGAAAACAUUGAAUCAA